AUGGUCGAUUUUGCUGUACACGGUUGGGUUGAAUAUGAUUUUGAUGUUAUUUUUAGCAUGUUUGUAUAUUCAGUUGAUGUAUUGGGGUACACGAUGUCAUUUCAAGCAAUCGUUAUACGGCACAGUGGUCAGUGGAAAUUAACCGAGUAUGAAGGAGGCGAUGAGGUUGUCGUGUACAUGUCUAAGGAAGACCUUUGUCAUGCGAAGUUGAUGCAAGAGCAUAAGAAAUAUCCCGUUGUUUACGUGAUCGAGAAGGGAAAACAAUCUGCGGCUCCGGUUCCUCAGACUCAAGAGCGGGUAUAUUAUGAGGGACAACGGUCUACUGUGUUUCCUAUCGAGACGGACGUUGGAAGAAGUAUCCCUACACACGAUGAUAGUAGGGACGAUUCAUCGUCGCAGGAGGAGGAAGACGAGUCCGAGUCUUCGGAUGAGGAAGAAGAGCCCGAUGUCGAGCCUCGUGUUGGAGUUCAGCAGCUUGAGGCACGUGAUUGGGGGAUUCCAGUCCUCGAUUUUGACGAUGCGCCGGCAUUAGGUUGGGAGGAUUCUAACGUAUUGGAGAGCGGAAUAUUAUCAGUGGGGGCUCUAUUCCGGUCGAAGGAUGAUUUGGCAAUCGCUGUUGGCCUGUACCAUAUGGAGAAUCACGUGGAGUACGCCGUGGAUCGUUCCAGUAUGACCCGUUUGUGGUUUGUUUGCAAACUUGGCAACGAUUGUCCGUUCAUGCUGCGAGCCGUUCAGAGUGCAUCGAUCUGGAGAGUGAUCAAGGUGGUGAUGGAUCAUACCUGCCAUAUGGAUUUGAAUCGCACUGCCCCGAGACAGAUUCCGGCGAGGGUUGUUGGAAGAUAUUUUGCACGGAAAUUGGUAGGCGAGGGGGUCGUUUUGAAGCCGAAGGAGAUGAUGUCAGAGAUGCAACGCUUAUUCGGUAUUGAGAUCAAUUACAGCUUCGCUCUCCGUGCAAGAAACAUCGCGAUUGAGAUGACAUAUGGUGAUUUUGGGAACUCGUAUAAGAUGCUCCCAUCGUAUUUGUAUAUGCUGAGAAUGAGUAAUACCGGCACAUUAUACGACCUUGAGAUGAAGGAUGAUGGCAAGUUCCAUCAUAUGUUUGUUGUACUUGGACAGAGCGUGGCUGCCUUUGAGAAGGGUUACUUGAGGCCGAUCAUCGUCGUAGACGGGACCCAUCUGAAGGGAAGGAACGGCGGUAUUUUGUUCGUUGCUGUUACAAAGGAUGGGAACGAAGCAAUAUUUCCUCUCGCAGUUGGGCUUGGUCCUAUCGAGAAUGACGAGUCUUGGACUUGGUUCUUCCACCGACUGCGGACUUGCUUUGGUCAGCCGGAUGAUCUCUUGAUUGUGUCUGAUCAGCACAAGAGCAUCAGAAAUGCUGUGGAGUGUGUCUACCCGAACGUCCCUCACGGAUUGUGCUAUUACCAUCUGCAGAAGAAUCUCGCGCAUUAUGGGCAGCAUGUAGCUGCAGUCUUCAAAGCAGCGGCAUAUUCCUAUCGAUCAGACUAUUUUCAAAGGAAUUUUUCUGCGCUUCAAGUACUGAAAGUCAACGCGCACACACGCCUCGACACUAUUGGUGUGGAGAGAUGGGCCAGGUCCAAGUGCCCUGUACGACGCACGAGCUUUAUGACGUCGAAUGCUGCCGAGACGAUGAACAGUAGACUGUUGUGGGCACGACGCCUCCCAGUUGCUUCAUUGAUCGAGACCUAUCGAGCCAUUAUGGAGAAAUGGUUCGAUAGGCGACGCAUCUCGGCUGCAUCGAGGUCACAUGAGUUGACUGAGGUAGUAGAGGGAAAGUUGCAUGUGGCUGUCGAAGCGGGUCGGCAAUUGGCUGUUCGAGGGACGACGACGCACAUGUUUAGUGUUGAGGAUGAUCAUGCAUUCUACAUUGUCGAUCUUGAGAAUCGGACUUGUAGUUGUGCUCAGUUCGACCUGGAUGACAUUCCGUAUCGUCAUGCUUGUGCCGCUAUUAGGCGUGCAGGACUGCAAGUCACGGAUUUUGUUGGAGGAUAUUUCAAACAAUCCGUGUUGUUGGCCACAUAUAUGGAGCGUAUUGUUCCCGUUCCACAUCCUACGUAUUGGAAUGUGCCCGAUGAGAUAUCAGCCUAUGUUGUGAAACCCCCGGAUAUCACGAUCCAUGCGGGACGACCGAAGUUGAGUAGGGCUCGUUCAGCAGUUGAAGGUCCUCCUAAUUCGGGUCCUCCUAAUUCUCGACCUCAAGUAUGCUCACGUUACAAGGGUAGAGGUCACAAUGCCCGGAGAUGCACAGCGCAAGUACUUGCAUUGGACUUGAACGUGCCGGUGGAGGGUGUCGAGCAACCACCCGAUGCACGAAGGCGGCGAAAGAAGAAAUGCGGCAUUUGUAGGAGUGGAACACACACUAGGAAUGCAUGUCCUCAAAAUGUUGGGUCGGGUUUUGGGGGUGAACAAGGGCUGAAUGAGCUCUGUACACGGUUAGACCCUAACCGUGUACAGUUUCACGAAACCGUGCACGCAACUGUGCACGGAAGAACUCGCAACCGUGCACGGUGA